AUGCCUCACCAGAACUGUCGCGAGAGGCCAUCCGGCCUCAAGAGGUUGUUUUCCUCUUCUUCGUCAAACGUCCGCCGGACUAGCUUCGACGAAAAACCCCACGUUGUACACGUCGAAAUGUCCCAGACGAUGGGCACUCUUCGGGGGCCAGAAAAGCUAGCUGCCGUGACCGAGCUCAUGCGCAAGUUGACGAAAGACUUGGAAACUAUCAGUCUGCUACCUCAUCAAAGAGAUGCUGCCCUAGAGGAGUUAAAGAUCUACGGAAGAGACCCUCAAAAUGCGGAUCCCAUAUUUGCCAAGGAGGGAAUCGAGACUUUGACACGGCAUGCUUUCAAUAGCCCUUCCAGUACAACAUCCAGAAAUGCCCUGCGCUGUCUCUGCAAUGCACUUUUGCUCAAGCCUGAAAGCCGGCAGAUAUUUGUUGACCUGGGAUAUGAGUCCAAAGCUUGCCAGCAACUCAAGAACGACAAUCGUGAUGACGAAUUCCUUGUCUCUAGGAUCAUUUUUCUUACAACUUAUGCUGAGGCGAAUUUGGAGGAGCUCAUUGACAAGCACCAAGUGGCUGAUACCAUCUGCAAAAACCUGGAGCGGCAUGCAAAACACGCAGGUGUGCCCAAGCCGGUGACCGACCCAAUGGAGGGAAUGGCAUUGAUCGAAACCUUGAAACUACUCUUCAACCUGUCUCAUCACUGCAAGACCAAGACGUCUGCAUUCACUCCAGCUAUUCCUCACAUCAUCACACUGUUGUGUAGAGGAACUUAUAACACAAGCAAGCCCCUUGACCCCCCUGUCGUCUCCUUAGUCAACGCCCUGUUGAAUUUGGAUCUUGGCGCCAAGGAUAUUCAGGGCUCCUUGUAUCCCCAAACGGAGCCAACCGCACUUUCCGAGCGGCUCAUUGAUAUACUUCGCCGCUCCAGCAAGUCAUAUAGUAACGAGGAUUUGGAGAACACCGUCACAGCCUUGAUCGGAGUCAUCCGUGCUGUUUAUGAGUACGGCUCGGAGGAUGUUAGAGAGUCUGUUCGAUCGCAGCUUCUGCCGACCGAGAACGACCGCAAGGAGGUCCUUGGGCAGAGUGUCACCUUAGCAUCUUGGCUCCUGCGAAACUCGACAAAUCCGGUAACGCCACAGCUACGUGAAGCCAUCUCGGAACUUCUUUUUGAUAUGUCAGACAAGGACGCAUCCAAGUUCGUUGACAAUGUUGGCUAUGGAUUUGCGUCUGGCUUUCUCUUCAACAGAAAUCUGCCUAUACCUCAAAACGCCCAAGAGGCGUUCGCCAAUGCCGGCAGCCGGCCGGUCAAUCCUGUCACAGGCCAGUUCCUAGAUUCAGAAAGGCAUCCGGCCGCUCCUGAGAUGACCGACGAAGAGAAGGAGAGAGAGGCCGAGAGGCUCUUCGUGUUGUUCGAGAGGCUGCGAGCCAAUGGAAUAAUAUCUGCGGAAAACCCAGUACGGGUUGCGCAGCAGUCUGGUCGGUUCGAGGAGCUUCCCGAUGACUACGAGGACGACGUCGACUAG